GUAGACACAGGAACUCUCUCUGACGUCCCACCUGGCGGGAGGCGCGUCCCCGUAGCCAACGACGGUGACGCGCGCGCGGACCUGCGCGAGUCACUCGCUGUUUCUGCCGCCGCCGCUGCUGCUGCUGCUGCUGCUGCUGUAGUUGCGCUCGGGCUGCGGGCCGGUUGGACAUGGAGCGCGAAGGGGAAGCGCAGCGAGAGCCGCUCGAGCUGAAGAAGGGCAUGUCCAUAUUCCUGGAUAUUUUAAGAAGAGCAGAUAAAAAUGACGAUGGGAAGCUGUCCUUUGACGAGUUCAAGGCCUACUUCUCCGACGGAGUCCUCACAGGAGAUGACCUGAAGGAGCUCUUCCACACCAUCGACACGCACAACACAGACAAUUUGGACACAGAUGAGCUGUGUGAGUAUUUUUCUCAGCACCUUGGCGAAUAUGAGAAUGUCCUGGCAGCCUUGGAGGAUCUGAACAUCUCGAUACUGAAGGCCAUGGACAAGACCAAAAAGGAGUACCUGGAGUCCACCCACCUGGAGCAGUUUGUGACGCGCUUCCUGUUGAAGGAGACCACCAACCAGCUGCAGUCUCUGCAGAGCUCUCUGGAGUGCGCCAUGGAGACCACGGCGGAGCAGACGCGUCAGGAAAGACAGGGCCCAGUGAAGCCAGAGGUGCUGUCCAUUCAGUGGUCGGGACGGCGGUCGAACAGAAGGCUUCAGAGGAAUAACAGCUUGUCUCCCAACAACCCGCUUCUCAGCAUCGUCAGUUCAGGUCUUUAUGAAGAGGACAACCAGUGGGUGACUCAGAUCAACAGACUCCAGAAACUCAUCGACCGCUUGGAGAAGAAGGAGCUGCGGCUUGAACCCGUUGAAGAGGAAGUCUUGGAAGGGACCUCCAAAUCGCACAUCCUGAUUGUCCAGCGGCAGCUGUCUGUGCUGGAGGAGGAGCUGGAGGACUUCCGGUUGGCGCUCAGGCAGUACAUCGAGUGCGCCAGCGCUCAGACGGGCUGCCUGCAUAUCGCGGUGCAGAAGCUCUCCAACGAGUCCCGCUUCAUGGUGUACGAGUUCUGGGAGCACAGCAACAUGUGGAAGAAUCACCUUCAGACCAACUACAGUAAGACCUUCCAGAGGUGCAAUGUGGACUUCCUGGAGACUCCUGAGAUCAUGACUACAAUGCUGGUUCCAGCCUCGUGGUGGGUUCUGAACAAUAACUAACCGGAGGUGUCAGGGCUCACGGAGGCCCACACGUACGUAGUGGUAGCUGUAGCGUCCGUCAGGAGCAACCGACCCCUCCCAGCAGCUCUCGUGUUGACGUGUACUGUGAAACACAAUGAAUUAUAUAUCGCACCUGUGUCCACAUACUGUACGUUUGAUAGUGCGCACAACUCGUUGUAAACCGUCCACGCAAAGCGGCUCGAGCGGUGGCAUUUCGGCCAACCGCGGUCAGCGGUCCUUCGGCGAGCGACCCGCUCCGACACCCGUGUACCACGUGCCGUGUGCGUUUCCGUGUUUCGUUCCUUGCGCGUGGCUGUAGUUGUGUUUGUUAAAAAACAAAAAAAAAAAAAAAAACCUGCUUUUAAAUGAACGGAUGGACGUUUCGUGAAUAAAGGAGCAUUCGCCGUGCUUCCCGGGAACGCCUCUCCGACGCUGGUUCCGGGGACGAGCUCUCGGCCCUUUACGCAGAGCCGUGUUUUUGACUGAACAGCGAGCGAUUUGACAGCUUCUCGCAGCUAUGAGUUCAAUGUGAUGUGUUUGGACAGAUAAAAAUUAGUUGCAAGCAUCAGUUUCUUCUCUUUUUGUCGAGUGCAUUGGUUUGUGAGAGGCGCACAGACGGGCAAGUUUAGGGAUUUUUUUUUUUUUUUUGUAGCAACUCUUAAGGCUCAGUGGGUUGGUGACACAUCUGGGACAGCAUUUACUGUACCUACAGCUCAGACAAGCUGCGCGUUGAGGGUCGACGGGAAGAAAAUCAGAAUAACGGACGGUCAUCAGAACCGCCGCACUAGUGACUAGUGCAUCCUCGGUCUUCUCGGUCCGCAGAUCAGGCUCCUCCAGAUCCAGUUCUGGAGAACCUGGUCCAACCAGGUGUGUAAAUCACACUAAAUCUGCGGUGUGUUCAGUCACCCAUCAUCUCAUUCAUAUCCAGCAAGAGACUGGAUCAUGUGUAACGUGUUAAUCGUUCGCUGCUCUCAGUCGGCGCGGUGGAUCCAGGCGGGUUUCCAGGAACGGUCUCGACCAGCCCUUCUGUAGACAUCCAUCUGUCACAAAUAAAUAUUUUUUUCUGUCGUCAAUUUUGCCGUUUUACUUCACUGAA